UUGGUUGUUCGAGACAACUGGCCAAUCAGAGAAGCCGUUCUAAAAGUAAGGGGUAUUCAACAUAGACAUGUCUAUGGUAUUCAACAUGGAGCCGACAGUGGAAAAACUUGAGUCGAUGUUCUUGAAGUCAGAGGCUGAUCUGGAAUACAUUCAGAGACGGCUGAAGCUGGAUUUUAUCAACAGUGCUGCAAAGAGUGGAUGCCCUGCUGAGGAAGAUGUGACUGUGAUGCUGGAAAAUCUGAAGUCUAUCAAGGCCAAACACUCUGUUCUGAGGUCCCAGGUCAGCAAGAUCACAGAUGCUCAGAAAGAGUCCAUGGAGUUCAUCAAGAACAGACUCAACAGCGCCACGGAGCUGAUCAAACAUUGCCAGCAAACCUCUGAUUUGGAGGUUUAGAGUGAACGUCAUGCCAGUAAACAAGAAUCUACGCUGCCAAGUGAAACAGAAGCUACAGAGAGUGGAAACGGGCUCAGCUGCAGUAAAAUCAGAGAGCAAUAUGCUCCACAUGAAUUAAUAAAUUAUACUGGUAUACUAUGUUAUGCACAUAUUAAAGUUGGAUUAAAGUCAAAA